AUGUGUAGAGGUGUAGAAGAAGAGGCCAUUUCAGUUAAAGCUUCAAAAGGGUUUGUUAUUUCUUGCGAGCUUUGCAGUUCAAGGGCUUGGUUGUAUUGCCCUGCAGAUGAUGCAUAUCUGUGUAGGAAAUGCGACCGAUCUGUUCAUGGGGCUAAUUGUUUGGCUCUCCGGCAUGUCAGAUGCCUGCUCUGCAAGACCUGUCAGAAUCUUACUGAGAGAUAUGUGAUUGGGAUAUCAGCCGAGGUGCGACUUCCGGCGAUUCUGAGAUGGGUAGAGAGAACCCAGCAGCUGUUGCGUAUCAGUAGUUCAAUACCAAUGCCAAAAGAAACUGCUCAAUAA